GGAGACGAACAAGCGUCACCAGUCAGGCGACAACUCCCUGGAAGUGAAGUCUGUCACCCGGUUUGGUGACCUGCACCUGCAGCGCUCCUUCCUCCUCUGCACACCGUCAUUUCACGCAGGAGCCCUGGGUCCGUUCAGUGCCAGUGCAGCAGAACAGAUGGACCAGUUAUCCAACCGGUCCGCUGUGGGCAGUGAUGACAUCACAGAUGGCACCACUUCCUUAGUGGAUGACAGGACGUGGAGCUCUGAUGAAGAGGAGAGCUCUGAUCCUCAGGGACAGUGUCUCGCUGCUCCACAGACUCCUCUGCCCACCUACAAACAGAGGUACGACGAGUUCAAAAAGUUGUUCAAAGAACUUCCUGACACGGAAAGACUUGUCGUAGACUACCCAUGUGCCCUCCAGCGAGACAUUCUUCUUCAGGGACGCCUCUACCUGUCAGAGAAGUGGCUGUGUUUCUACAGCAAUGUGUUCCGGGGCACCAAGAUUUCUCUGACUUUGAAGGACAUCAUGACAGUGAGCAAAGAAAAAACUGCUCGCUGGAUUCCCAAUGCCAUCCAGAUCAACAUGAACACAGAGAAGUUCUUCUUCACUUCCUUUUCUGCAAGAGAGAAAAGUUACCAGACCAUUUUUCGCAUGUGGCAAAACACACUGUUGAACAAGCCUCUGACCUGUGUGGAGUUCUGGCAGAUGGUUAAACAGCAUUAUGGGCAUGAACUGGGCCUGAGCCAUGAGGAGAUGGAGAGCUUGCAGAUAUCGGCAGAAUACAGCAUGCAGACUAGCCCGGCUGCAAAGCCUAAUGCUGAUGAUGGUCUGGGAAAAGUAGAGCGCCCUCUAUCUUUACGUCUUCCCGUGGCUGAUCAUGCGCCCUUAGAGACCUCCACUCCUCAGCUGGAGGAUUUGCCCUCUCCUGCAUCACAAAAUUCAGCAAACACGGAUGAUUCUCACAACACCCCAUCAAUGGGCCGGGGUGCUGCUCCAUUGCUGGACCGUGCCGCACCAGAGCGUGGGUCGAAGCGUUCUACACUUUCUCUCGACCUCAACGCCAAUGAAAAUGGCAUUUCAGAACAGAGUGGUUCAGAAAGUGUUGAAGAAGUGGAGGAACGUGUGGGUCUGUCCCAAGUGCAGGGUCGGGUCUAUCUGAACAAAGUCUUCCACAUCAGCGCCAGUAAAAUGUUUGAGCUUCUUUUUUCCGACUCCACCUUCAUCCGCAGGUUUAUGAACGUCAGGAAAAUAACCAAUGCAAGCUUCACUCCUUGGCAAAAAGACGCUUCAGGAAACACUGAGAGGAGUCUGAACUACACCAUAACAAUAAACAAUCCCCUGAUCGGGAAGUUCUCUGGGGCCACAGAGAACCAGACUCUGUACAAAGAGUCCAGGGAGGGUCAGUACUAUCUGGUGGAUGCCGAGGUCUACACUCAUGACGUCCCCUAUCACGACUACUUCUAUACUCACAACAGAUACUGCAUCACCAGGAGUUCUAAACGGAAGUGUCGACUGAGGGUUUACACUGAUGUCAAAUACAAGAAGCAGCCGUGGGGCCUGGUCAAGUCGUUCAUCACUAAGAACUCCUGGAGCGGCAUAGAGGAUUAUUUCCGUCAGCUUGAAAUGGAACUACUGGAGGAGGAGGCAGAGAUUAAUCAAGCAGCAGGGGAUUCUGGGAAGAUUGGUGGUCUUCGUCGGAGGAGAAGGACGUUCAGUCGGACUCUGUCGGAGCACAUGAAGCCCAACAAGCAGUAUGGGCAGGAAACUGAGCCGCACCGAGAUGGGAAUACUGGCCCCAUGGAAAUGAAUGGAUCUCAAAGAUGGAACACAACCACAAUAGUCGCUGUGAUGAGUCUGAUCCUCUUCUUUCUCACUGUGCUGAACCUGGGCCUGUUUUUUAAGCUGUCAGCGAUGGAGGAAGUGGCCCACCGCAUGUACUUGAGCACAAAACAUCGACUAAAGGAGAGGAGCGAGUCCAGCUUGGCCUCUGAGUAUGGAUCCAGACGGGGACCAGAGUUUAGGACUAAAGAUGAGAUGUACCUGCUGAAAACAGUUCUACAGGAUUCCAUCAAUCUUUUAGAGCAGCUCCGCAGCUCCCUUGUAGUGCUUCAACAAAACUUUGCCAUGGCCAAUAAAACAGCAGCACCGUAAUGAUACAGCCCACACGGUAACCACCCCACUGCCCCCGUCCUUCUCUUCUCUCCCCUCCUCAGGACAUUUUCAGAAAUAAUAGACUGUGGCUCUGGACUGCCUCUGAUGUUGUCGUGUCAAUGUCCUCCGUCUUCCUCACGUGUCAGGUUGAUUUUUUUGGUUUUGUCAGCUUCAGGAAUCACCACAACUGUGACCUGCUAAACCUCACACACCUCGUAGGACACACUUUGGUGGUUGAUAUGAGUCAACAUCUUUUGCCUGUUAAAAUUUUGCACAUUUUAAUUUUUUUGCCUCGUAGAGAAGGCUGUGUUUUAAAACAUCUUUCUUUUAAAGGAUUUUUAUUUUGUUCAAUAAAGAGUGGACUCAACAACUCUAUUUUUAAUUCAUUUUUGACUUUUCUGUCAUAAUCUGGAUUUAUUUUUAUUCAAGAUUUCUUACCAGAAGGAUGAAAAGUAAAGAUUGUUUGAAUUUUGUACUGUAAUAUGAGCCUAACCUGGUUUUUAUCGAACAUACAGCUGAAUAUUUAUUUGAUUAAUUUUAUAAUGGCUAAAUCAAAGGGGUUCUGUGAAAUUUUAACUCGGUGAUAUUAGUUUGGUACAUUUAUGUCUUCUGUUUAUGAACAAUCAGAUGGUGUUUUUUUUUUCCUACUAUUUGUUUGGGGUCAGUCUUACAUUAUCUCAGUACUGUUUUUUCACACGUUAAUACAUAUAACUUGUCUUUGACACGAUCACUGGUUUAUUUAAAAAAAAAAAUUCACUAUUUGGUGAGACCUUUUAAUGACUCAAUUUUGAUCAUUAGUGUUGCCUGACCCUUUGUCUGUGGGAAAGGGUUCUACUUAACCACCGUGUUUGUUUUCUUAUUGUCUACAUUGUAAAUACAUUGCAAUAAACAAUCCCUGCUGGCGUAGCCACCAUUUUCAGGUAAAAUGCACUUUUUGUGAUUGUAAAUUUCUGCCAUUGUCAAUGUAUGUAAUUUAGGUGGAGGUUAAUGAUUCAGAGAGGUCACAUGCUAGUUGUUCUAACAUUCCUUUUUCUGACAAGAGCCAGAUGGAUUUGUGAAACAUACUUUUAAGAAUUAAAAUCUUUCCCCCAUUCUA